AUGUAUUUCCAAGCUCUGGACCGAAAUGACCACCAGAUCCGGCUCAUACGACGCCGCAUACACACCUUCGAGUUCUAUACAAUCAUUGCCUCUCUCAAGUACCCGCCGCAGUACCGGGCCAUCUCGUAUAGCUGGGGUGGCAUGGACGAGAACCCUGUAGCCAUUACUAUCAACCGACUGACCUGGUAUAUACCUGUCAACUUGCAUUUUGCCCUCGUACAGGUCCUCGAUGAUGAUACUGUGCCAGACACCGACUUGCUCUGGGUAGAUGCCCUCUGCAUCAACAAAGCGGAUCAGAACGAGAGGAGCUGGCAGGUGGCACAGAUGCACGACAUAUUCGCAUCGGCCGAAUUUGUUUACUUCUGCAUCGGGCCCGAGGCCAAUGAUAGUAGCUGGCUGUUCGACUUUCUCCAGCCAUGGGGUCGCAAAGCUGCCGACGUUGGCGUCUAUCCCGGCGACAAAUUCUUCUUCAACAACGCCCACAAGGAUACCGAUACGACGAGUUCUACGCUCGGCGCUCGCAGCUUCAUUGACGAGCUCAUUAGCACGGAGAGCGUGUACAGCAAGCGCCUGCGCGACGCCAUCAAGGCUCUGGCGCGCAGGCCCAACUGGACGCGAUGCUGGAUCAUCCAUGAGCUCGUCCACGCCAAGCGCGGCGUUGUCCUUUGCGGGAACAAGCGUAUGCAUUUGCACCGGUUCUACGCUAUCAUGCGCGCUCUCAGCCGCGUUCGCGCCUGGCGUGGCGAUGCACCGCCCCUCGGCGACGGCUACGAGUUCAUCCCUGACCCGUCCAGCAACGCCCUACUCGGCAUCGACGGCCGCUUGAUCUGCAUGGGCGGCGAGAUGCUCUAUGAGAGCCUGGAAACGACGAUGCACUGGUAUCUCACCCGCUUGGCGUCCACGUACAAUGCACCCAACUUCCCAGGCCCAUUUUACCAAGCGACCGAUCCGCGGGACGUUAUCUUUGCGUUUCUUGGCGCCGCAUCUGACUGGGAGCACCUCGACCUCUCUAUCGACUACAGAAAAACUACCCGUGACGUGUACACUGCGGCCACAGUGGCCAUAUAUGCAGCCUGCCCGGGCCAGCUUCUUCUGGAGCUGGCGUCUUUCCCCAAGGACACUGCCGACCUGCCAACCUGGGUGCCCGACUGGCGCCGCAUCGGCCGCCUCGGGAUCCAGGAGCCGCUCAGCGAGGACGCUUCUUUUCAGCUCUUUCGCGUCCCGCAGGUCGUAUCCCGCCUGACAAUCGUCAACGGGUACAUCCUGCAGCGUUGCGGAUUCGCCUGUGGCGUCGUUCGCCGCGCCUUCCGGGUCCUCGACUCUCAGAAAAACGAUGAGCAACACGCUCUCGCCCUGUACGCAGCGCUGGGGGAUGACCGUAAGGCCUGCGUUGACGACAUGCUCGAGUUUCUCCACCUCUACGCCCCCGACGGCGACGACGGCGACGAUGGCGACGGCAGCGAAGAGACAUCUGAGGCGCCCGAAACGCGCCUCUGGCGCACUAUUUCCGCGGACCGUCACCGCCAACUCCCGCUGGUCGAUAGGUUCAACCAGUGCUGCGAGCGGCUGCUGCGUUGUGAGCCCGUGAUGGCACCGGAGCUGUCUGCGGUGGCAAUCGCUUGGAUCCAAUCGUUCCCCGAAGCGGAUCUCGGCGAGCCCCUCCAGGCGCAAGUGAACGCAGCUGUCGAUGCCGCACAGGAGACAAUGUUGGAGGUGACGCGUAACCGUACACUCUUUGUGACGGAGGAGGGUAGGGCCGGGCUCGGCCCGUACCUGGCGAAACCCGGGGACGUGAUUGCGGCGCUGGUGGGUGAUACCGUACCGGUACUUCUGCGACCGAUCGACGAUGACCAGUAUCAGUACCUGGGUCAGGCAUUUGUGGAGGACAUGAUGGACGGCCAGCUUGACGAAAGUGAGUACAAGCACAAGGCGUUUAACCUUUUUGCGACCAGGAGAGGGGAGAGGGUGCUGGAGGAGGCCGAGUUGGGGUACGUGCUGGCGGCGGCGUUCGAGGUGCACAACGCGCUCUGCUACAUGGAUGAGGAGGGCGAGGACGAGCAGGCGGAGCUGGAGGCUCUGCGGACGCUGCAUGCCGAGUUUGCGAGGCAGGCUACGGCGCUGGGCCUGGACGGGGACGAGCGAGGUCGAUGCAAGGAGGAUCAUCUCGUGUUACUGUUCUUUCAAAAAUGGAAAGUGAGGCAAGAUGCACAAGUACUUCAUCACGAUAUGUAG